AUGGAUGAUGAAGCUCUAGUUAGUAUGAUUGGUCAAUAAAAAUUAAAAGGACUAUUUGAUUUUUUUUAGGAUUUGAUGAAAACUAAAAAGCCAUCAACUAGAGAAUAAUAAGAGGUACGAAUGCCUCUGGUUAGCACAGUUAAACCUCAUGAUUUAAUGAAUAAUAAAAUAAAAUAAAAGUAUGCUAUUUUUUAGAGAUUGACACAUUCAUAAAAAUUAUCAUAAGCUAGAGAAGCAAGCAAGAAAGAGCGUAACUCAAAAGAAUUAAACUAUAACUCCUUUGUUUAUGGCGAGAUUAGUUUCCCAUCCUUUGCACAUAUAUUCACAUUGAUAAAAGAAUAAUAUGGAGGGCUUUAAAAUGAAGGAGGGAUUUUUUAUGAUUUAGGAUCUGGAGUAGGAAAAGGGGUGCUUGCAGCUUCUCUUCUUCAUUAAUUUGAUCGAUGUACGGGUAUAGAACUACUGGAAUCGCUGCACAACAUGGGUCUUCAACUUAAAAACUCAAUACUAGAAUAGAGUGAAUAAAUAGUUCAGGAAGUAAUAGAAAUCGAUAAGUAUGAUGGAUUCUGUCUUCCCGAAAUUAAUUUUGUAAAAGACGACUUUCUUACAUAUGAUUGGAGCGAUGCAACACUUGUUUUUGCAGCUUCCACAUGUUACGAACCAUUUCUAAUGUAAAAACUAUUUGAGAGAUCAAAGCUAUUGAAAAGAGGCUCUUUUUUUAUAACUCUAACAAAAAAACUACCUUAAAGCGAUGAUUGGCAGUUACUUAUAAGUGUUAACCAUAAAAUGUCUUGGGGUGAAACUACAGUGCAUAUUUACAGGAAAUAAAAAGAUGCAAUGAGCUGA